AUGACUACGACGGACGGUACCCGCAAACAUCGCGCUGCAUAUGCCAUGACUACUCCUCCUCGAGCGUUCAUCCCUCUUGCCAUCUCGACGGACGGUACCCUGCAUCCUGACACCCUCCGCUUCAUCUGGUAUCUCGCGGACAUCAUUGCUCAGCGCUCGAUGCCUCUUGAGGAUGCGGCGUUUGGUCGGCACUUCGUGCCUGAUGACAGCCCUGCUGCUGAGGUCUUGGCUCGCAAACGCGCCGCCACCUAUCAGCGCCUCACCAUGCAGCUUACGCUGGAGGCGCUCUUGUCUGGUGCGAGGCGCAUGACGCCCUUGCGGGCGCAAGCACUUCUCGAGCCAGAGGACAGCUCCUCCUCGGACUUUGUCGAGUCGCCCGAGGAGUCUUCGCCGGAGGUCUCCGACUCCGAUGGGGAAAACCCUUCCAGUGGCCCCGACGAUCGGCGCGGAGCUGGCGAGGCGUCUCCGUCCCUCACUGUGACGUCGGGUGCCUCCGGAGAGCUCGACACCACUGGGGUGCUUGCUGCUGGUCCGAGCUCGCCUGCUUCCUCCCCGGCAUCGGUCGGGUCACGCCGGUCCUUGGGCAUUGCCGCGGCGUCGCCGCCGUCACGGGCGGCUACCGCUGACUUGGCUACCGCUGACUCGGAGGCUAGCGAGGGGGCGGACGUCUCGACUGACAGUGGUCAGUCGGCUGCCUCCGGGUAUCGCGUCUAG